AAAGUACAAAAACAAAAUAAUAUUCUCAGAUAUACCCUUUUUCUUUUCCUUUUGGUUCUUUCAACUACCACAACCAUCACGUCUCGCUUACCAGACACCACCACCACCACCACCGCCACCCUGGCCCAUCAUCUUCCCCAACCCAUUAACCUACCAAAUUCAUCCAUUGCUUAUAAAACCCCUCACCUUCUCUCUCUCGCUAAAUUUACAUUACAACUCAAACAAAAACCGUUUCUAACAGAAAAUAAAAUGUCUCUCACAAAUACCUCCAUUCUUCCCUCUACCAACACCUUUCUUUCUCUUACCAAACCCUCCUCCAAUACGCCGCUGUCUUCCAGAUCCAUCCUCCACAUCUCCGCCGUCCACGCCGCCGAGCCUUCCAAAAACCCAAUAGGUUCCGACAAAACUGGGAAGCAACAACAGCCUCUAAAGGCAUCCGCGACUUCCGGUGCAACAACAGCCGCAGUAGCUACGAAUAAUGUGGUUUCUGGGAAGUGGAGUAUUGAUAGCUGGAGAUCAAAGAAGGCAUUACAGCUCCCGGAAUAUCCGGACAAAGCAGACCUCGAAUCUGUUCUUAAAACUCUCGACGACUUCCCUCCUAUUGUCUUCGCCGGUGAAGCUCGAAGCUUAGAAGAGAGACUCGCUGAAGCUGCCAUGGGGAACGCUUUUUUAUUGCAAGGAGGUGACUGUGCUGAGAGUUUCAAGGAGUUUAACGCUAAUAACAUUCGUGAUACUUUCAGAAUCCUCCUCCAGAUGGGUGUUGUUCUUAUGUUCGGUGGACAAAUGCCUGUUAUCAAGGUGGGGAGGAUGGCGGGGCAGUUUGCGAAGCCGAGAUCGGAUGCUAUGGAAGAAAAGAAUGGAGUGAAGCUGCCGAGUUAUAGAGGAGAUAAUGUCAAUGGAGAUGCUUUUAAUGAGAAGUCCAGAAUUCCUGACCCGCAAAGAAUGAUUAGGGCUUAUUGUCAAUCUGCAGCUACUUUGAAUCUUCUGAGAGCUUUCGCUACUGGUGGAUACGCCGCUAUGCAGAGAGUUACUCAGUGGAAUCUUGAUUUCACAGAACAGAGUGAGCAAGGAGACAGGUACCGGGAACUUGCACAUCGGGUUGAUGAGGCCCUUGGAUUUAUGGCUGCUGCUGGUCUCACUAUUGACCAUCCUAUUAUGACGACAACCGAAUUCUGGACAUCCCAUGAAUGCCUGCUUUUGCCAUAUGAGCAAUCACUUACCAGGCUGGAUUCAACCUCUGGUCUUUACUAUGACUGCUCUGCUCAUUUUCUCUGGGCUGGAGAGCGUACAAGGCAGCUAGAUGGUGCUCAUGUUGAGUUUUUGAGAGGAGUUGCAAAUCCCCUGGGCAUUAAGGUAAGUGAUAAAAUGGAUCCAAAUGAGCUAGUAAAGCUCAUUGAGAUUCUGAAUCCUCAGAAUAAACCAGGGAGAAUAACAAUCAUCACAAGAAUGGGAGCUGAAAACAUGAGAGUGAAGCUUCCUCAUCUAAUUAGGGCAGUACGCAGGGCUGGGCAAAUUGUCACAUGGGUCAGUGAUCCUAUGCAUGGAAACACCAUUAAGGCUCCUUGCGGAUUGAAAACUCGACCAUUUGAUGCCAUCAGGGCGGAGGUAAGAGCAUUUUUCGAUGUGCAUGAACAAGAAGGAAGCCACCCUGGAGGUGUUCAUCUAGAGAUGACUGGCCAGAAUGUAACAGAGUGCAUCGGUGGAUCACGUACUGUGACGUUCGAUGACUUGAGUUCGCGCUACCAUACCCACUGUGACCCCAGGCUCAAUGCUUCACAAUCUCUAGAGCUAGCGUUCAUCAUUGCAGAACGCCUUCGAAAGAGGAGGAUCAAGUCACAACCUGCUAUCGCCCCCUUCAGCAUGUAGAACGGAAGGCUCAACAAUAUGUUUGUUCUUUUCAAUUAUUAAAGCCUGUACUAUUAGAACUACAUAAUUUCUGAGAUAUAUUUAUGUUUUGUGUUGUAUGUGUAUACCGGAAGACAAAUGGUGUUCGAGCCCUAAAAAAACAAAUGAAUAAAAGAAAAUUAUUAAA